AUGUCCUUCGCCUUGGACAAUGUAUCAGAAAAGGAUGCAAAAAAGCAAGGAUCUAACAACAAGUGGCCUUGGUAUGGCGCACCCAUAUUCUGUGUCAUUUGGUUCACACUCUUCUAUGUGACUGCUAUACCGAGCUUUUACUCCUAUCCCAAUCAGUUAUAUAUACGCGAUGAAGUGAAACAUCCCGAUGAAUUUAUUGGUGAACGUGCUCAAAUUCAACUGGCUGAGUUUGCAGCAAUUGGUAACAAAAUGUUGGGCUCUAUGGGUCAUGUGAAUACUCUGAACUUUAUAUUGCGAGAAAUAGAAAAAAUUAAUGCCCAAGCACGCAAAGAUAUAUAUGAACUGGAAUGGGAAGUACAACAUGGAAGGGGUACGUUUUAUCUCUGGAACGUAACCAGCACUUAUGAUAAUGUCACUAGUGUGGUGGCUAAGAUCAAAAGAAAAGACAGUCAGAAUAACAACUAUUUGCUGCUCAACUCUCAUUUUGAUUCGGAGGCCAAAACUCCCGGAGUGGGCGAUGCUGGCAUUAUGAUUGUCAUUAUGCUUGAGACUCUACGUGUUAUAUCGAGAUCAGAGCGCCCUCUGGUGCAUCCCUUGGUAUUUCUAUUCAAUGGCGCUGAAGAAACCGGCUUACGUGCAUCGCAUUCUUUCAUUACGAAUCAUCGCUGGGCACCUAACUGCAAAGCUCUUAUAAAUUUGGAUUCAUCGGGAUCUGGUGGAAGAGAGGUGCUCUUUCAAACAGGACCUAAUCAUCCCUGGCUGGCUAGAUACUACAAAAAACAUGCACCCCAUCCCUUCUCUAUUACGCUUGCCGAGGAGCUGUUUCAAAACAAUUUUAUACCAUCCGAUACAGACUUUCGCAUAUUUCGCGACUUUGGUAGUUUGCCUGGACUUGAUAUGGCGCAUGCUCUCAAUGGUUAUGUCUAUCACACUACGUAUGAUGACUUUAAGAAUCUUGAACGUGGUACCUAUCAAUCUACGGGAGAAAAUGUACUUGCGCUCACUUGGGCUUUAGCGAAUGCACCCGAGCUGGAUGACCCCGCAGCCCACGAGGAAGGACAUGCAAUAUUUUUCGACUUUCUAGGCUGGUUUAUGAUUGUCUACAAUGAAUCAGCGGGCAUUGCUAUCAACAUUGUAGUCUCAAUCUCAGCGCUAAUAUGCAUUUGUCUAUCCUUAUUUAUGAUGACCAAGGGAGAUGCUGCAGAUGCUCCAAAAACUGUUGCUAAGCGCUUUGGCAUUAUAUUUGGGGUGCAAGUGAUUUCGGUGGCUGUUGCUUGGUGUCUUACUAUACUCGUAGCUGUAUUCAUGCAUGGUGUUGGACUCGGACAAUCCUGGUAUUAUCACAUAUGGAUGACCUUUGGCUUGUACUUCUGUCCCAUGUUCUUGGGGCUGGGACUAGUCCCCGCUUUUUAUAUACAGUUUGCAAAGAAGAAAACCAACAUGAAACUGAAUCAGACUAUAGCCUGCUUUAUGCAUGCUCAUUGCAUUUUAAUUGUGCUAGUUUGCUUGAUCUUAACAGGGCUAGGUAUACGCUCUGCAUUCUUUCCAAUGAUUGGCUUGUUUUUCUACACGAUAUCACUAAUUCUACAGUUGGUCUCGAAGCUUACACUCAAGAAGAGCUGUUUCAUGACAACACAUUUGUUGUGUCAGCUGCUGCCAUUCUUCUAUUACACUUCUAUACUUUAUAUGCUUUUGCUUAUAUUUGUGCCCAUGCAGGGGCGCGAUGGGCCCGAGAGCAAACCUGAUAUGCUUGUAGCUCUAUUUAUUGCUGUAAUAUCAACGCAUUUUGCUGGAUUUUUAAUACCUAUACUAUUGAAAUUUCGUAAAACUAAAAUAUGUAUGUCCAUAUUUGGUGUACUCACGAUUAUUUUCAUCAUAUUGGCCGCUACACCGGUGGGUUUUCCAUAUAAACCAGAAGUUGCAGCACAGCGUUAUUUUGUUUUGCAUACGCAAAGGACUUUACAUGAUGAGAAAAAUAUUACAGCAGUGCAAGAAUCCGGUUUUUAUGUACAGCCUGUAGAUACACGUUACUCGGAGCUGUACGAUACAACGCUAAAGAAUGUCGAGCCGGCGAGUUGGUUAAAGGAUAAUUGUGCAGCUGAACCCUUUUGUGGUUUAGCCUUGUAUGGCGGACGUUGGCUGAAGUGGAAGAAUGAAGCACGUUGGAUUUAUACGGAUACAGCGCCAGCAUUUCCAGUAAAGAGCGAAUUUGCGCUAGUCUCCCAACAAUCCUUAAGCGCGAACAAGCAGCGUUAUGAGUUCCGUUUGAAGGGCGGCGAUCGUAUUAUAUUGUUUAUUGCUCCCAAGGCAAAUGUGAAGAUUACCAAUUGGUCCUUCGAUGAGACGAUUUUGACUGAUAAACAUAGUCCACCGUAUUUUGUUCAUCAUGUUAAUGCCAUGAUAAAAACUGCUUACAAUAUUUGGCUGGAAUUUGAACACGACGCGACACAUGUUGAGGCUCCUUAUAUGAAAAUAGCAAUGGUGCAACAUUUUCUAUAUCAUCCGGAAAGUUAUACGCCUGCGUUUAAAGAUUUCCUGAAGACUUUUCCGGACUGGACAUAUACCACCGAUUGGUUUUCAUCGUAUGAUAGUUGGCAUUUUUAA